AUGGAGGAGAUGGUGGAGCUGUACCGGGAGCUGAGCCAGCACCCGGGGCUCAGCACCGCCUGCCUCGGCCCCGACAUCACCACCCAGUACCGGGGCAAGUACUGCAGCCUCUACACAGAGUGGUCGCAGCGGGACCUGGCGCGGGCCGAGAACAUCAAGUUCUGCCGCCAGUACUUGGUCUUCCAUGACAGGGCUUCCGUUGUCUACUUGGGGCCUGCCGGCACCUGCUCUGAGAUCAAGGAUGAGCUGCUGAGCCAGGAGUCCCCUAGCGGGGCGCUGAAGGCCGUCCUGCGCAAGGUCCCUGGCAAGGAGAAGAAGGAGAAGGAGAAGCAGUUCCUGGAGGUCUGGGAUCAGAACCGCAAGGUGAAGAGCAUCGACCUGACGGUGCUGGACAAGCAUGGCAGCAUCUACGAUGAUGACCAGUUUGGCUGCCUGGCCUGGUCACAUUCGGAGACCCACCUGCUCUACGUGGCAGAGAAGAAGCGUCCCAAGGCCAAGUCCUUCUUCCAGAGCAAAGCCCCUGCGCUGGGCACCUCCGACGAGGACACAGGGUGCCCUGAGAAGGAGGAUGCAUCCCUCAAGGGCGAGCAGUUUGUAUACCACGAGAACUGGGGGGAGGCACUGAGCACCCGCAGUGUGCCCGUCCUCUGCACCCUGGACAUCGAGGGCAGCAGCAUCUCAGUACUGGAGGGCAUCCCGGAGCACCUCUCUCCUGGCCAGGCUUUCUGGUCCCCCGGUGACACCGGCGUGGUGUUCGUAGGCUGGUGGCACGACCCCUUCCGCCUGGGUCUGCGGCACUGCACCAACCGCCGGUCAGCGCUCUUCUACGUGGACCUGACGGGCGGGAGAUGUGAGCUACUCUCUGAGGACACCAGGGCCGUGUGGUCCCCUCGGCUCAGCCCUGACUCCUGCCGCAUUGUCUACCUGGAGAACGACGCCCUGGGCCCCCACCAGCAGUGCAGCCGCCUCCGCAUGUAUGACUGGUACACCAAGCACACGAGCACAGUUCUAGAGGCUGUUCCACGGCAGUCGUGGGGUGCCUUCCCGGGCAUCUACUGCAGUGCUCUGCCGGGGCUGUGCUGGGCGUCCGACAGCCGCAGGCUGGUGCUGGAUACGGUCCAGCGCAGCCAGCAGGACGUGUUCGUGGUGGACACAGUGACGGGCACUGCGACCUCGCUAACAGCUGAUGCCCCCCAAGGAAGCUGGUCUGUCCUCACCAUCGACCGGGACCUCUUGGUGGCCACGUUCUCCACCCCUAGCUGCCCCCCUACACUGAAAGUGGCCGUCCUGCCCGACGCUGGCCAGGAGGUGCAGGUGCGGUGGGUCUGCCUGCAGGAUGCACCCCCUGUGCCUGGCAUUAGCUGGGGCAUCCGUACCCUUCAGCCCCCACCGGAGCAGGAGCAUCCCCAGUAUGGGGGCCUGGACUUUGAUGCCAUCCUGCUGCGCCCGAGUGAGGGCCCUCCCACCCAGAAGCCCCCCCUGGUCGUGAUGCCCCAUGGGGGUCCCCACUCAGUCUUCACGGCUGGAUGGAUGCUGUACCCGGUGGCACUCUGCCGCAUGGGCUUCGCUGUACUGCUGGUGAAUUACCGUGGCUCGCUGGGCUUUGGCCAGGACAGCGUGGCCUCCCUGCUGGGCAACGUGGGCACACAGGACGUACGCGAUGUGCAG